AUGAAUAGCUCUUCUCAGACAAACAUAGCUGGGUCAGGACUCGACCUAAAUUUCUACACAUCACGAGAGGAUGUGGACGAGUGCAGGCGCAAGGAGAUUGAAUUUCGAGAGGAUACACUGAAAGGAGAAAAAGGAAAUAUGGUCCACCACUUCAACUGGGAAGGAAGACCUGUCUGCACCCGAAGCAAUACUCCGCCGGAGCAUUCACUCUUCGUCCUGAUGUGCCUGCCUAGGGUGGUCCCCAGGGGUGCGUCCAACGAGCUAUGGCACAAAAUUAUCAUGAGAUGCGCAAUGGUAUACGUUGACCCGGUCGUCAUCUAUAAUGAGGGUGCAGAUAUCCCCAAGAGUCCACGGAUGUUGCUCCGCUAUGCAAAGAACCGGACGGUAAAGUUCUAUACCCGGCAUGGCUCGUGGUACCAGAGCAAGAAGGAACGCAAGGAUAUAUUGGACGAUGAAGGGGACGUUGAAUUUUACAUGGACAGAGAUUUGGGCGUUGGAAAUGGGUUUGUUGAGUGCUCCGCUGUAAAGUCGAGACAUCAGCGGUUCAAGGAGGAGGAGGCUUUACAAUCGUUGGCUGAUAAACGGAAAAGAAAAAAGCGCAACCUGCCAAAACGAAUUGAGGACCUGCGUCGGCCUUGCAGGCCCUCUCUCCUCAGAUACUGCACUGCUGCCGACGAGCUGUAG